AGUGAGAGUUAUUAAUGUCUUUUUCAACGUAAUUCACUUACCUUGUCACUUACACUCACACACUCUCAAUCUCGCCGGAGCUCCAUUUUCCGGCCACCUUGCCGGAGAUGGUAAACCACCAAAGCUUGCAUCUUUGAGAAAACCCAUUUCAUUUUCCACCAUCAUUCUCACUUUUUCAAAAAUGGGUCAUCAUUUUCUUCAUCUUCUUCUAUGUCUUCUCUUCUUCACAACCCAUCACGCAAAUGCCUUCAAUCCUUCAAUUCCCAACGACGCAUUGUCUCUUCUCACCUUCAAACGCUUCGUCUCUUCCGACCCUUCAAAUCUUCUAUCCGGUUGGAGCCACCGUUCAUCUUUGAAAUUCUGCAACUGGCACGGUGUCACUUGCGGCGGUGGAGACGGUAGAGUGACUGAACUUAAUGUUACCGGUCUUCGCGGCGGUGAAUUGUUGUCUGACAUUGGAAAUUUGUCUGAGCUAAGAAUUUUGUCUCUUUCCGGAAACAUGUUUUCCGGCGAGAUUCCGGUGAGUUUGGUGAAUCUCCGGGGGCUUGAGAUUCUUGAGCUUCAAGGAAACAACUUUUCAGGGAAAUUGCCUUUUCAGAUGAGUUAUUUUGAAUCAGUUUUUCUUGUUAAUCUAUCUGGUAAUGCUUUUUCUGGUGAAAUUCCAAAUGGGUUGGUUUUUUCUAGGAAUGUGGAAAUUGUUGAUUUGUCUAAUAAUCAAUUUUCUGGUUCUAUUCCUUUGAAUGGUUCUGGUAGUUGUGAUUCUUUGAAGCAUUUGAAACUUUCACAUAAUUUUUUGACUGGUGAGAUUCCACACCAGAUUGGGAAAUGUAGAAACUUGAGGACCCUUUUGGUGGAUGGGAAUAUUUUGGAUGGUGAAAUCCCUCAUGAGAUUGGGGAUGCUGUUGAACUUAGAGUUCUUGAUGUUUCUAGAAAUAGUCUCACUGGAAGGAUCCCCAAUGAGCUAGGUAAUUGUUUGAAAUUGUCUGUGCUUGUGCUUACUGAUUUGUAUGAGGAUCACGGUGGUUCGAAUGAUGGAAGUUUGUUGGAGGAUAGUAGGUUUAGAGGUGAAUUUAAUGCUUUUGUUGGGAAUAUUCCUUAUAAAGUGUUGCUGCUUUCGGGUUUGCGGGUUUUGUGGGCGCCCCGAGCGAAUCUCGGUGGACGGUUGCCUGCUGCUGGAUGGUCAGAUUCAUGCUCUCUUAAAGUACUCAAUUUGGCACAGAAUUAUGUUACUGGUGUUGUGCCUGAGAGUUUGGGGAUGUGUAGGAAUCUAACUUUCUUGGACUUGAGUUCUAACAAUUUAGUGGGACAUCUGCCUUUGCAGCAUCUUCGGGUUCCUUGUAUGACAUAUUUCAAUGUAAGCAGGAAUAAUAUAUCUGGCACGCUUCCAGGGUUUAUGAAAGAAAGGUGUCGAUCGAGUAGCACCCUUGCUGCACUUGAACCUGCAUUCCUAGAAUUGGAAGGUUUGAAUGAUGCAUACUUUAACAUUCGUAGUUGGAGAUCUCAAGAGAAUGCUUUCAUUGGUUCAGGUUUUGAAGAGACUGUUGUCGUUAGCCAUGACUUCAGCUCGAACAGUUUUGUGGGGCCUUUACCAUUGUUCUUUGUUGGAGAUAAUCUUUUUACUGAAAAUGAAAAUCGUAACAUAUCAUACAUGUUGUCUCUCAAUAAUAAUAAAUUCAAUGGAACACUUCCAUACCGACUAGUUUCAAACUGUAAUGACCUCAAGACGUUGUCGGUUAACCUGAGUGUGAACCAACUAUGCGGGGAGAUUUCCCAAGCGUUGUUUCUGAACUGCCUGAAGUUGAUGGAUUUUGAAGCGUCAUACAAUCAAAUUGGUGGAUCAAUUCAACCUGGUAUAGAGGAGUUGGCAUUGCUUCGGCGUCUUGAUUUGACUGGAAACAAACUAUUGAGAGAACUGCCUAAUCAGUUGGGAAACCUAAAAAACAUGAAAUGGAUGCUUCUGGGUGGAAAUAAUCUGACAGGCGAAAUUCCUUACCAACUUGGUAGAUUGACUUCCCUUGUUGUUUUGAAUGUAUCUCACAAUUCGCUAAUCGGAACAAUUCCACCAAGUCUGUCAAAUGCCACAGGUCUUGAAAUUCUGUUGCUAGAUCACAACAAUCUUUCUGGGGAAAUACCUUUAUUGGUUUGUGCUCUUUCCGAUCUUGUUCAACUAGAUGUUUCAUUCAAUAAUCUUUCCGGUCAUAUUCCUCCUCUUCAACACAUGAGUGAUUGUGAUUCAUAUAAAGGGAAUCAACACCUGCACCCUUGCCCUGAUCCAUACUUUGACUCGCCUGCAUCUCUCCUAGCUCCUCCUGUCGUCAAGAAUUCACAUAGGCGUAGAUGGAAGAAGGUAAGAACUGUGGUUAUCACGGUGUCCGCGUCUGCUUUGGUGGGUCUAUGCGCACUUUUGGGAAUAGUGUUGGUGAUUUGUUGUAGAAAGGGUAAACUUACUCGGCAUAGCAGCAUUAGAAGGCGAGAAGUGGUGACCUUUCAAGUUGUUCCAAUAGAAUUGAGUUACGACAGUGUGGUCACAACUACCGGAAAUUUCAGCAUCCGGUAUCUAAUUGGCACAGGUGGCUUUGGAUCAACUUACAAAGCAGAGCUAUCACCAGGUUUUCUUGUUGCCAUAAAGAGGCUUUCAAUUGGUAGAUUUCAAGGCAUGCAACAGUUUGAAACCGAAAUAAGGACGCUGGGGAGAAUUCGACACAAGAAUCUCGUGACUCUAAUUGGCUAUUACGUAGGAAAAGCUGAAAUGCUGUUAAUUUACAAUUACCUCUCUGGUGGAAACCUUGAAGCUUUCAUACAUGAUAGAUCAGGGAAAAAUGUGCAGUGGCCGGUUAUUUACAAAAUAGCAAAAGACAUCGCUGAGGCCCUUUCUUACCUCCAUUACUCUUGUGUUCCUCGCAUAGUUCAUCGAGAUAUCAAGCCUAGCAACAUUUUACUCGACGAAGAUCUUAAUGCUUACCUGUCUGAUUUUGGCUUGGCACGGCUGCUGGAGGUAUCCGAGACUCAUGCCACCACUGAUGUGGCGGGCACAUUUGGUUAUGUUGCGCCUGAGUACGCCACCACUUGUAGGGUUUCUGAUAAAGCCGAUGUUUACAGUUACGGUGUAGUGCUGUUAGAAUUGAUAUCAGGAAGAAGGUCGCUUGAUCCGUCGUUUUCUGAUUAUGGUAAUGGAUUCAAUAUAGUACCAUGGGCAGAGCUUCUAAUGACCGAAGGUCGUUGUUCAGAGCUGUUUUCAUCGGCUUUGUGGGAAGUAGGGCCCAAGGAGAAGUUACUAGGGCUUUUAAAGAUUGCAUUAACUUGCACAGAAGAGACUCUUUCUAUUCGACCAUCAAUGAAGCAUGUUCUCGACAAAUUGAAACAGUUGAAAAGUUGAAAACUUUCAGUAAAUCAUACUGAACAGCAAAGGAAUACUGCUUUUGGUUGCUGGAAAAUACUGACUGAGAUGACAAACAAAAAAGGUUACAGGUACAGCAACUACAAGAACUUAUCAUGACAAAUAGGAAUCUCAUUCUCAUCAUCAUGGCAAAGUUAUGAGCUGUUACCACAAAACCUAUCUUCUUCCUUUCACAUUUGUGCCAAUAGUUAUUUUUUUGACACAAUCUGAAGAAUGUAGGUGGGGUAAUUACUGGAUGCAUUUUGCUUGCAUCCUAUUCUAUAGCCUUACAGAAUGGUAUGUGCCAUUAUGAUUAUUUUGACAUUUUUGGAAGGUAUUCUUUUAAGUGACCACAUGGGAACUAUGAAAAGAAUACAAAAUUCAUUAAUUACUUGGUGACAAAGCAAUUGUUGUCAUUAUGCUCAAAAAAUGUUUGGUUUGAGAUCAGUGUCUGUACAAAAGUACUUACCAAAAUUGUGAAUCACUUCUUUGUCUAAAUCUACCGAAAGGUGUGAAUGUAGUUGUUACAUUUUGAUGUGAAAGACAUUGAAGCAAUUAAUGAUCUUGUGGGGACAAUAUAGAAUAUUCUCGA